AUGCGCUCCGGGAUAGUCUCAACACCGAUUGGAAGAUUGAGAACUAGCUCCACCCUGCACAGGACGCGGUCGUUCGCAUCCUCCUCUAUCGCGCGUGCAGCCCCCCCAGCACCCACCGAAGUUCCAAAAUCCACUGCGUCUAUAUCUUCUGCUCCAACUCCAGAUGAAUUAAAGGCACAGGAACUCGACGUAGACAUAAUACCCGAAGAAAAUAUCAAGCUAGAGCUUACAGAACGGGCUGCCGAGCAACUGAAAUCUAUAGCUUCACGGGAGCACCGCCCCAACGCAGGCUUACGCAUUGCAGUGGAAUCAGGAGGAUGUCACGGCUACCAGUAUACAAUGCAGCUUGCUUCCGAACGGAAUGCAGAAGACUACCACUUCACACAUCCUUCCAUAAUUCCAUCAAACAUCUAUAUUGACGCUGUCUCACUCGGACUUAUCAACGGCUCCACAAUAGAUUUUGCUACUGAACUCAUAGGGAGUUCGUUCCGCGUUGCGGCUAACCCGCAGGCUAAGGGUGGUUGUGGUUGUGGGAUUAGCUGGGAGAUGAAAGAUUAA